AUGAAGUUGUCGCCGCUGCAGUGGCUCGCUGUAGUGGCCGUCAUCGUCGUCGUUUCGGUGGCCGCCUCGCCGGUUGACGAUACGCCGCCUGCCGCGGCCGCAUCCGCCACCGAUACGGCCGAAGAUGACGAAGACGACGACGGCGGCAGCGUUUUCCCGUUCAAAGCUCUCCAACUGUACAACACCGUGGCCGGUUACCUGGAAUACAUUUUCGACAUCGUCAUAGCGCCGAUCACGGGUGGUGUAUCAAACAAGAAACAAUCACCCACUCGAGUAUCGUACAAGAAAUUUCAAAUUAUCAGAGUGUUACCGUCUGACGAGGACGAAGUACUUGAUAUAGAAGCAAUGUCCGAAGAACCAGGAGUGCAAGUUUGGAUGCCUAUACGGUUGAAUAAAACAGCAGAUCUCGUAUUACCACCUAGUGUAGCUAGAGACGUCAAACGAUUUCUAACACAAAGAGAAAUCAACUUCAUUGUACUCAGUUCCGAUCUAGAAAGAAGCAUACAUAAACAAAACCCUAAAUCACCGUCUAUUAAUCAGAAAUCAGAAUUAAAAGCAACAAAAGGUCAUGUAAUGACUUGGACUAGAUAUCAUCGUUAUCAAGAUAUUCUUGACUACUUAAUGUAUUUGUCAGAAAACUAUCCUCAUUUGGUAGAAUUGAUGCCUAUCGGAAAAACUGUGGAAGGCCGACCACUAAAAGUAGUAAAAAUAUCUAGUGGACAAACUAGGGAAAACGUUGUCAAGCCUGCAAUCUGGAUUGAUGGAGGAAUUCAUGCCAGGGAAUGGAUAUCACCAGCUGUAGCAUUAUUCAUUUUAAGGCAAUUAGUAGAAAAUAAAUCUUACAGAACAUUGAUUUCUGAGGUCGAUUGGUAUAUUUUACCAAUGAUAAACGCAGAUGGUUACGAGUAUAGCCAUACUGUCGAUCGUCUAUGGAGAAAAUCUAGGAGGACUGCAACCACAAAAUCGGGAAGAACUCUGUGGGAUAUGUCAUAUGGUUGUGAAGGUGUUGAUUUAAAUAGAAACUGGGAUUGGCACUGGGCUGGAGUUGGCGCUAGUCAAGACCCGUGUUCUGACACUUUUGCUGGAUCACAUGCUUUUUCAGAACCAGAAACUAGAGCAGUAUCUGAUUUUAUAUUAGACCACAAAGAUAGAAUACAAGUAUAUUUAACUCUCCAUUCUUACUCACAAAUGUGGCUGAUACCUUGGAGCCACACAAAAAAGCUUGCGGAUGAUUAUGAUGACAUGAUGUACUUAGCGAGACAAGCAACUGAAGCAAUUCAAAAAGUACAUGGUUCACAAUAUCAACUCGGUACAACUCCAUCACUGCUUUACACUACAUCAGGAUGUUCAGACGACUGGGCCAAAGGGAAAGCUGGCAUAAAAUACAGUUAUACGAUAGAACUUCCAGACAAAGGAAUGUACGGUUUUCUAUUGCCAGCUGAGAAGAUUCUGUCAACAGGGAAAGAAAUAUUCACAGGCAUUAAAUCCAUAGCAAAAUCAAUAUUGAAAAUUAACAGCAUGAAGGAGAAGACUAAAUUAAGAGGAUGA